AUGGAUUACGUCGCACUGCCCAAAAUCGAGCUUCACGCCCACCUCACGGGGAGCGUCUCGCGACGCACGCUCCACGACAUAUGGCGGCGCAAAAAGGACGCCGGCGAGACCGACAUGCAGGAUCCCAUGGAGCUGCUGCCCGAAGGCAAACACGACUUUAGCGUGCAAGCCUUCUUCCCGCUGUUCAGCAGCUACAUCUACAACCUGCUCAGCGACGCCGCCUCGCUCGCGGAGAUGACGGCCGCCGUGCUGCGCGACUUCCACGCCGACGGCGUCGUGUACCUGGAGCUGCGGACGACGCCGCGCGCCACGCCGGAGCUGUCCCUCGCGGGCUACGCGCGCACCAUCAUCAGCGCCAUCAGCGCCUUCAACGCCGCGCACCCGACGAUGCGCACCCGGCUGCUGCUCUCCGUGGACCGCCGGCACGACGUCGCCACCGCGGCCGCCGUCGUGGACCUCGCCGCCGCGCUGCAGCCCGGCGGCGUGGUCGUGGGCGUUGAUUUUUGCGGCGACCCGACGGCGCGCUGCGGCGGCGCCGUGCGCGUCUUCGAGCCCGUGUUUGCGCGCGCCCGCGCCGCCGGCCUGCCGCUCGCCGUGCACUUUGGCGAGGCUGAGCCGGCGGGCGCCCGCGAGGAGCUCGCGCUGCUGCUAAGCUGGCAGCCCCGCCGCCUCGGCCACGUCAUCUGGGUCGACGACGAGGCGCGCCGCGAGAUUGCUGCGAGGGGAUUGUGCGUCGAGCUCUGCCUGAGCUGCAACGUCAAGGCGGGCAUGGUCCGCGCUGGCGCCGGCGGCUUCGCGGACCACCACUUUGGGUAUUGGCGCACGGUGGACGCGGUCCAGAUCUCGCUCGGGACGGAUGACGUGGGCGUGUUUGGAAGCCCGCUGUCCAACGAGUACGCGCUCGCCGCGGAGCAUUUCCACCUCGACCGCGCGGCCAUCUGCUCACUCGCGCGCGAGGCCAUUGACGCGACGUUUGGAAGCGACGACGACAAAGAGUGGCUUCGAUCCGUCAUGUGGACGUCGUAG